AUUAAAACGAAAUGUACGUUUCUCCCAGACAAUUAUGUUUCAUUGCUUUAAAGGCUACAAAACAGAAUUGGUUUAUGAAUCAGUAGUUGAAAUUGCGAGUUUAGCAUACAGGCAAUUUGUUUUGAGCACGUCGAACAAUUGCUCAAAAUUUCAUUUCUGGACAGUGUUGUCCUGGGCGUUACUGUAGUCAUUUCCCACUGUGCAAUCUUUCAGUUUUCUCUUGGCUUGUCAGCUGCGCAGUGUUUACAUUGAGCAUUUGCUUGCAACGUCAUUUUUUCAUCCUUUACUUUUUACCAAAUAAAAGCGUAUUCCAGUGGCCAAAUACAGUGUAAAGCUAGCAAAAAACAAUGAAAUUGUAAUCAAUUUAAUGUUGGAUUCGCUCCCUCCGCUGUCCGUGUUGUGUGAGUGUUGUUUGCUCUCAUUUUAGCAGCGCUGGUUAGCAUGACCACUCCACCAGCUAGCAAUGAAAGCGAUAUCAAAAAACGGAUGCUGCCAGACUGCGAAAUGGGUGACCCAAACGAAACCCGAUCCGGUCAAACGUGGCAUCAACUGCUGCUGUAUCCAUCGCCGUCCUCCUCCCAGCUUUCUUACAUCUCCGAACUGCAAACGGACGCUGGCAGUCAACCGUCAACGCCACUGCAACAACCGACGCGCGUCAGCGGAUUGUUCGGCGAGAUGGACGAAAGUGCAACCAACUAUGAUUCGGGCAACUUUUCACUGUCCGAAUCGGGCUGCAAGGAGAAGGUCCCGUUCGCUACGGUGGGCACGGGCGCCGAAAUGCAUCAUCGCUUCGUGCAGCUGAACACCGAGCUGUAUCAGACGAAAACGGAACUGCUCACGUACAAGUACAAGUGGAACGAAAUACGCAACGAAAUCGAACUGGGGUUGAGUAAGAAAAUUGACAAAUUGUUGGAUGAAAAAAAUGAGCUCGAACAGGAGCUGGAAGAUGUGCGGAAGGAGCUGGCUCGGUUAAAGGCACAACCGUUGGAUCAGCAUGGACGUGAUCUGUUGCGUAUCCGUUCCGAGCUGGAUGGCUUACGAUUGGAUUUGAGCUGCAAAGAAAAGGCCAAUGAAUGUUUGAAGCAAAAGAUCGUAGAUCAACAUGUGGAGAAGGAGAAUUUGGCUAUAAAACUAAAAUCCCUGGAGCAUCAGCUAUUGGAGGGUAAAAAUGAGAUCUGUGGCGUGAAAGCGACGGAACAAUGGUAUAGAGAUGAGCUGCACCGGUGCCAAAAUGAAAAUGCCAAAUUAAAGGAAUCAUACUCGUGCUUAGAAGCACUACUGUACAAAGAGCGUGAAGAAAAGACAGCACUUAUUGAAGAAACACAGAAGGAAGAAUUGCGAUUGAAUGAGGAAAAUCAUGCGCUGCAUCGAAGUCUAGCUAGCGCCUAUGUUGAUCGUGCCAAAGAAGCGGUAGAGAACGUAACAAAACAACACACAGAAGAGCUGGCCAAAGAGCAGAAAGCUUCAGCAAAUCGCGUAGCAGAUUUGAUGGAACAGAAUGAGCUGCUUAACAAACAAAACUCCGAACUGCUUGCCGUGCUUAGUCAACUCCAAGAUUCGCUGCAGCAACACAAGCAACAGCUCAACGUAAUGGCCAAAAACGAAAAGGAAGUGGAAAGAUACAUGACGCAACUGCGGCAGCAACGAGAAUCCGACAAAUCGCUAAUCGAAACGCUUACUGCGCAACUGGCGCGCGAAAGCUUCACCAAACGACAGAUAGAUGUCAGUGUGGAAAAACUGAAAGCGCAGGUGAAAGUUUUGUCGAUAAACUUCUCCUCCACCGAUUGGCAACGGUCGGGUGCGAAGGAUUGUGAGUCAAUUCAGCAGCACAAUCGGGAUUUGCAGGAUCAGUGUAAUCGGUUGAUUAUCGCACAGCAGCAGCAGCAGCAGCAGCAGUUAAAAGGUGAAUUGGCCAUGUGCACGGAAAAAGCAAACCCAAGGCGUGAUGAAAUGCAAUUGCUGGAAAACUUCCGAAGCAUAGAGUCGAAGAAUUUAGAUCUGGAGCUAAAAUUAGGUCAGUGUGCUAGCAUUGGCAAGGACAUCGAAGCAACGCCAUCCUAUAACAUCGUCAAGCGAAGUGAAGAGACCAUAAGAUCGCUAAAGCAAGAUGUCGAAGAACUGGAGCAGAAGCUUUUCAGGCAACCGACAGGAAAGGGUAAGGCAACAAAUGAAAAAGGACACAAAUCGUUAUGCUCACGCCAUGGCUCUAGAUGCUGGGAAAGCGUAGCCCACGCUGGACUAACAAACGAGGAAGAAGAUGUUGAAUUCCGUAACUUACGCAUCAUGCUGAAAGCGAUUGAGAAUGAAAAUCGUCGUCGUCUGAAGCGUUACGAACUAAACAACAGGACACUGUUGAAAAAGUCAAAGGAACAUGCUCGAGAGCGAAAACAGGCCGAGCAGCGUGUGGAGGAGCUGCUAAGGGAACACGAAAAGUGUGCAACGCUUCGUUGCGAGAUGUCAUCGACACGGGAACGUUGCCUACUGAUGGAAGCGGAUUUAGAAACAUUCAAACAGGAAGCAGCCACAUUACGAUCGGAAAAGGAUCGAUUGAUCAAUCUGCUAGAGAACAACUGUCUGCUGACAACGGACCGCGACGUUUGGGGUUCAUUGAAACGAGCGUUCAAGGAGCUUCACGAAUUGAAAAAAGUGCGCAAAGAGAAUGAUCGUUUGCAUGAUCAGCUCGAGCGAGAGGCGGAAAAGGUGAAGCAACUGGAAAGCUCGAUCGGCGACUGGAAGCGAGCGGCAGAAAUGCAAACGGCCGAGACGGAAGAUGUACGCGCCGAAUUGGCUGAAAAAGUACGGCAAUUAGAAGAAUCGCAACACACGCUGGUUCGAAUAACGCAGGAGAACAGUUCACUGGAACAGAAUGCGUCGGUGGCUGGAAUGCAGGAAAAGAAUCUCACGGAAAAACUGCACGACUUGGAACGAUUGGUUCGGGUGCAAGAAAUUCGUCUUGAAACAGCACACGAACGGUUGAAGCUGUACGAACAAUCUGACGCUUUGAUUGCAGCAGCAAAAGAAACGUUCUUAGGCGAUCUGCAAUCGCUACAAGAUGCAAUUCUGUUGGAAAAGCAGGAAAAAUACGAACUAGAGGAAGAAGUGCGCGAAUUGCGGCAGAAUAUGGUAAACGCGGUUGGGAACAGUUUACAGAACUUCCAACCUCGAGAUAGCUCUGCUGAAGGAAGCGGACAUCUUUCAGCGACCGUACUGAGCCCAGAAAUGCAAUCUCUAUCAUUGUCCGUCACUAGCUUGGACAUCGAUCAGCUUCGUGCACUCGUGGAGGAAAGCUCUCGGACAAGAUAUUCACUUCAGCCGCUCCACGAAUGCGUUUCAUCGCUGAAGCUGGAAAUGGACAAUCUCAAUUCCGUUUUACAAAUCGCUAAUUAUCCUCAACCACAGCAGCAACCACUACACCAUCAACAGCAACAUCAACAGCGAUUUCCGCUGUCUCUGAUGGACGAACUGAAGGAUGCCACGAACGGUCGUUAUGGGAGUAGAUGAGUAUAGGUGUACUGGGGGCCGUGUAACCAUAAUCUGUUACACUUAGGUAGACGAGUUGGAUGGAAAAAAGAUAACACAAACACAAAUAAUGACACCACCAACCACAACAGACAUUAAAAUACUUCUGUGUAAAAUUAAUUGAAAGAGCAAAUCUGUAAUUUGGUAGUUCUUUUACACUCUUUUUCUAGUCUUGUAAAAAGAAAUGAACUUAGAUUUCUUUAUUCAAUCGAUAACUAAUGUUUAGAGAUGCUCAACAAAAGUAUUACUUACCUCCAUCCUCUUGAGCUUAUUUUUCGUGAUAGUUUCGUCUGGUUGCACAUUUGCUCGCGUUAAACAAUUGCUAGCACUGUUUACACUGAAGAUCGUUGACGUGAUCGAUCGAUAUAAUUGGAUGUAAACUAAUUACGUUAAAAUGUAUAUUCGUAACAUUCCUUCACACAUAGAUGAUGAAUCUAUUUCACGAUUUCGUUCAUAAUUAGCUUUACCGCUGCCGGUAUUGAACAUACCAUUAAGACCAUUUGAGUAGUAGAAGGGCUAUUUUUCUACCUUUCAACCGGAUUGAAAGAUAGAUUAAGUAGUAGCAGUGUAGUAAUGCCAAGUACGCAUCGUAUCAAAAAGCACCGUACGCAUAAAGUGAUAGUGGAAAACUCGAAACAUAAAAUAACAAACAGAGAAAAAUACAAACAAGUUAUGGAUAAUCAUUAUAAAUUUGGAAAACACAUCAAAGUGGUGUGUUAAAUUUAUGUGGAUUUGUAAAAAAUUGUUACCACUUUUGCAGCACCUAUUAUUUGUGUGAUUCUACAAUACUAGAAAAACGCACCUUAAAUUAUUUUCUUUAAACUAAAAAAAAUCAAACAUACCUACACUUAAAUACAGCAAAACGGGUUGCGAAUCAGUUUUAGCCAACUACCAGUGAUAAUUUAAUGAUUAAUUUACUUCAAUUUUCUAAUUAUUUGCUUUAUGUUCCUUGUAUGUUCUCUGUGUUAAAGUGUUGACUAAUUUAUUUGUCCUAAGAAAUAUUGUUAUCCAUGAAAUGAAAGGAGCUGUGAUGGCAAAGAAAACGAAUGGUAUGGUUUUGUUAAAUUUAUUUAUUUGCUUUUUUUGUUAAUUACCAAAACAUCGUAUCCGCAGUAAAAAUGAAUGAUAAAUUUAAUUAAAUAAAUAAGCUAGACAAAGAAAUAGAUCGUUUAUUGAAUGCACAUAAAUUGAAGUGAAUUGUACAUAGGAGUGCAUGCAAAAUGGUGUAAAAUUGCUCAACGAAACACAUGAUGGCAUAGUAAUAAACUGAAAGCACUAAAAUUGUA